AGUGCUCCGCCCUACAGCGGGGAAGCGUUUCCGCCAAGAUGGUUGUCGGUGCUUUCCCUAUCGCCAAGCUCCUCUACCUCGGAGUGAGGCAAAUGAGCAAGCCUGUAGCGAACCGAAUAAAAGCGGGAGCCCGGAGAAGCGAGUUCUUUAAGAAUUACGUCUGUCUGCCGCCGGCACAGCUUUACCAUUGGAUUGAGAUGAGAACAAAGAUGAGGAUCAUGGGCUUUCGGGGUUCUGUUAUUAAGCCCCUGAAUGAGGAGGCGGCUGCAGAGCUGGGUGCAGAGUUGCUGGGAGAGGCAAUCAUCUUCCUUGUUGGUGGUGGAUGUAUGGUGCUGGAGUACAGCAGGCAGGCUUCUAACUCUCGCCGCAAAGAAGAGGAGCUGAAUGACACCAUCGCAAGCCUACAGACUCAACUAGCAGAACUGACAUUAACCACAGAGACUCUAGAUGCUCAGAUUAGAGAGGUCAACAGGCAACUGCUGUCCUUUCCUGUUCCCGAAAAAAAGUGAUUAAAUGAGUUCUCUGCUUUAUGAUGUGGCCCUCUGUAGCGGCCUGUGUGUGAGAGAACAACAGUGCAGAAACAAUGUACUGCCAUAUGUACAGCCUGAUAAUGACCCUGCUUCGCACUCUGUCCCAUGCCCAUUAAAUAGGGUGGACAUAAGCAAAUCAGUGCACUGUGGAUUUGGGUGUUAUCAUUAGCUCAUGUUUUGAGCAACUAGUUGUAAAGGGGGAUUGCUAUGAUAUUCAUAGUGUAUUUCUAUUGUUGAUCUUGCAUGAACAUUAAAAAGUUGACUGCAUAUUAAGAUUUACAGUAAAAGGCCACGGCGACUCUAAAGGUAAUAUAUUUCAUAACAGCUCCAGCAUAUUACUUUAUGUUUAUUUCAGUGGUCAUCAUGUUCCUUAAUCCUUUAAUUUCAUAUAUGAGAAACAUUUUCUGCACUUGAUCGAAGGUCAAAAACAGACAAUAAGAACAAACAUUGGAUUAUUUUUUGAGUGUUUGCCCCAUGGACUGUAUAGUUUCAUGGAUAUGUCAUAUUGUAUAUACACCAUGAUUUACAGUGUAUAUCCCUUUUCUGGUUCAUGUGCAUUAGAUUUGAUGACAAUUGUGAAAGGAUGGUGUAAAAUAAAAUGGUAUGCUGUCUAA